AUGUCCAGCCCCAACUCAACAGCGCUCACGAAGCGUAGCGCGUCGAAUGCGCUCAUGCCACCACCUCCCGCACCGAAACGCAUAAAACGUCCCUCCGUAGUCCUAGACGAGGAUACCUAUGUUUCCGCCGUUUCGCACAUCAUUCGCCGCGACUUCUUCCCAGGGCUAGCGGAAGCCGACGCACAACGAGAGUAUCUGAAUGCUGUGGAAAGCAAUGACAGGUCAUGGAUAAGAGAGGCUGGCAAGAAGCUCACACAAGUCAUGACGCCAGUGCCGAGUGGGCAAAGGAAGAUGGCAUCGAGAACGAGGCUCGACAAGACAGGGGGCGCUGGCGACAAGACUCCAAGUGUAUGGGGCGCGGACACACCCGUCACGGUCGCUGGAACGGAAGUCGAAGAUGACGAUGAGGGCCUAGGCAAACUGGACAAUGUCGACCUGAAUAUGAGCCUAGGCGCAUUCCAAGCAAAGUACACCAGCGAAGACCAGGAGAGUUUCAGCCAGAUCAUCGACAAGCAGAACAAGGCGCGAUUUGACAAGAACGUCUGGCUCCGCGAAGGAAACAUGUACGCGAGUAAACAGCGCAUAGCACAACAGAAAGUCCUCGAAGCCCGCGCCGCCGCAUCCGAAGGCAAGGAACUCGUCGUCAGCACAAAACCGAGCCAGAACCUCGACGAGCGACCCGCAGCGCCUACCGGCCACCGCCACACCGCCCUAAACAGCUUCUUGUUCGGCCCCGACAGCGUAGAACAAUGGGCACCAACGCGCGCCCAAGAAGCCGAAACGGCAUCUCUUGCGCCCCCAAAGAAAGUCCUCUACAACAACACGCGCCUCCCCGCCCCCGAAGCCGAGCCUCCUCGCCCGUCCAGCCCCACUCUCUCCGCCGUACGUGACGCUGUCGCAGGACGUCCGCGUCUCAAUCCCAGCGAGGGAGGAUACACAGGUAGCGAAACACCCCGCGUAAACGGCUAUGCUUUCGUCGACGCACAACCGCCUUCCCCUUCCUCAGACGACGACGACGACGACGACGCGCCAACCGACCUCCUAGAACGCUACGGUCUAGAUAGCAGCAGCACAGCUACACCCUUCACCAUAAACGACUCCUCCUCGCGCGAGAAGAUGCAUCACAGGAUGGUCGACAAAAUCGGCGCGAAACGAUCGAAUCCACACACUCAGGCGAAGCCAACGGGAUCGGGCUUGGGCAUCUUUACGAGUGAGACGCCGAGGUUUUUGAGUGCACCCACGCCUAGGAGGGGCGGGGCGGCUGCUGCUUCUGCUGGUAUGACGCCAGGGAGGAAGGCGAAAGGCGAUUUGACGCCUGCUGCUCAGCGGCUGUUUGAGAGGAUGGGUGGGGCGACGCCGAGGGGUGGGGGAACUGCUGGAUUUGGUGGCGAGGCGAGAGGAUCGGGGUUGGGGAGGGAGUGGACGCCUACGCCUAGGGUGAAGAGGAGGGCGUAG